AUGAAGAUGACAAUGAUGUUGUGCCACGAAGCUCAGCCGUCUUUAUUGCAAAUACCCACUGGCCGAAUGAACUUAUCGAUGCUCCGGUGCCGGCCACAGAAGGAAAAAGUGGUGGUGGUUAUGGGUGCCACAGGUACAGGAAAAUCAAGACUCUCCAUCGACCUCGCCGCAAGUUACCCCGCGGAGAUUAUAAACUCCGAUAAAAUGCAAGUAUAUGAAGGUUUAGACAUCGUCACCAACAAAAUCACCGACGAAGAAUGCGACGGCGUCCCCCACCACCUCCUCGGAAUAGUGGAUCCGGAAGCGGAUUUCACCGCCAGAAAUUUCGUCAGUACAGCGUCAAUCACCAUGAAAUCGAUUGUCGGAAGAGGUAAGCUUCCGAUCAUCGCCGGAGGAUCCAAUUCUUUCAUCGAAGCAUUGAUUGAUGAUCAGAAUUAUGAAUUCCGGUCACGUUACGAGGUUUGUUUCUUGUGGGUCGACGUCGCAAUGCCUGUGCUUCACCGUUUUGUUUCCGACAGGGUUGAUCGGAUGGUGGACGCCGGAAUAGUCGAAGAAGUUAGAAAAAUGUAUAACCCUAACGCCGAUUACUCAAAAGGGAUCCGACGAGCUAUCGGAGUGCCGGAAUUCGAUGCCUAUUUUCAAUCUGAGUAUUCAUCUUCCUUCGACAAGAAAACUCAGGCCAAAUUAUUAGAAGAAGCCAUUAAUGAAACAAAGAUUAAUACAUGCAAACUAGCCUGCCGGCAGCUCGAAAAAAUUCACCGUCUAAGGAACGUUAAAGGGUGGAAAAUUCACCGGCUGGACGCUACCGCCGUCUUCCAGAAAAGGGGCGGCAGAGAAGCCGAUAAGUCGUGGGCAGAGAUGGUGGCAGGACCAGGGUCAGUGAUUGUAAACCAGUUCAUGUACAACUUCAGUCAUUCCCGGAGCUUUGCGACGGCAGCGGACGGUGGUGGCAGAGCCAUUAAAAGAGGGGCGGCGAUGGCCGCCGCAGUUCUCUAA